AUGUCGGGAUUCAGGGCUAUAGGGGUGCCGAGCCGCAGUAAAUAUUUUGCAGCUAUUGUUCUGCUGCUGGUAGAUGUGCAUGGAACCUGGGUACGAAAUUCCUGGGUGCCAACCUGCCUAUGGCAACCUAGAAUUCUCCAGGGCAGGCUCGCAAAAUCUUCACCUACUCUCUGGGACAGUACUUUGCAAGAACAGAAGGGGGAAUUACGAAAGCGUCUAUCGUACACUACCCAUAAGCUGGAAAUGCUUGAAACGGAAUUUGAUUCUACACGUCAGUAUCUUGAAAUAGAAUUGAGACGUGCUCAGGAGGAACUUGAAAAAGUAACUGAAAAACUGAGAAGGAUACAAAACAAUUACCUAGCCUUACAAAGAAUUAAUCAGGAUCUGGAGGAUAAACUUUACAGAAUGGGUCAACAUUAUGAAGAGGAAAAACGGGCUUUGAGCCAUGAAAUAAUUGCACUCAAUAAUCACUUAAUAGAGGCCAAGGUGACAAUAGAUAAGUUGUCAGAAGACAAUGAGCUCUAUAGGAAGGACUGCAAUUUAGCUGCUCAGUUGCUCCAGUGCAGCAAGAAUUACGACAGGGCACAUAAGCUUUCGGAGUUGCCAUCUGACUUUCAGGAAAGAGUCAUACUGGAAAAACCAGAUCCCAACAGCUUGUCUUCACACUUGUCAAGCCCGUCUACAAGGGAUCUCAAUUUCCAGGACUCUGCCGGAAAACUCGGGCAAAGGCCCCAGUACAAGUCGGACAUCUACUGCAGCGACACUGCCCUUUACUGCCCUGAGGAGAGGCAGAGGGAGAGGAGGCAGAGUGUGGACACGCAAGUGAAAGACGUGGGGUUCCUGCGCUCCCAGAACUCCACGGACAGCACCGUCGAAGAAGACGGUUUCCAUUCCAGCUUCUCUCACGAAGCCUUCCCAGAGUACAUUACCUCCCUGCCGACCUCCAGCUCCUACUCCAGCUUCAGCGUCACAUCUGAGGAGAAGGAGAACGCCCAAGCCAACACUCUGACAGCCUCUCAGCAAGCGAUCUACAUGAGCAACCGAGACGAACUGUUUGAAAGAAAGUCACCUGCAGGUUAUGAGCAUCAGGGAAGUCCUAGGUUUGCCAAGUCCAAACCUGCGCAGCACAUGGAGCUUGCCGAUGACAACGAGAACUCCCCCACUUUUACUAGGACUCUGCCUCCGUAUGCAAACGAACCUUUUCAUUUCUCAGCCAUAACACCGCAGCAGGCUUUAGCGAAUCAGAAAAUGAGGAACGAGUGCAGGAGCACCCACCUCUCAGAAGAAGACUUGCCUGGGCGAUGGAGGCAAUUGAGCGUGGAGGACAUUGGUGCGUACUCUUACAGGAACGCUGGCAGGCUGUCGCCCUGUAGUUUUUCAGAGCAGUACUACAGCAGCCCUAUUAAGAAGGGAGACAGUCGAACAAGCCCCAUCUAUGCUAGUUACAAAGCAGAUAGCUGCUCGGAGGGAGACGAUAUCUGCCAAACCAGACUUGUGGAUUCUUGCUUCCUGAGAACAGACAGUGGCCUGAAUAUUGACAUCAGCACUAGCUGUAAACAGGACAAAUUGCCCGCUUACAAAACAAAAGAAUCAAGAGACCAAAAAAAUGAAAGGAUCACCGUCCAGUUAUGCAGUAGCAAAAACAUCGAAAAUAGCCCGGUAUUGAAAAGAGAAUACGUGGACGUGAGCCCCAACAGCUCAGCGGAGUCCCUCAAUCAGAGUUCAAUGGAGGCUUCAGAAAUCCACCAGUCUUCCAUGGAGCAAGGAAGCCAUUCGGGUAUUCACAGCAAACAGCAGCAGUUUCAACGGACUGGGAGUACUGGUUUGAGUCGGAAGGACAGCCUUACAAAAGCACAAUUAUACGGAACCCUUCUGAACUAGGCAUCUUCCAAAACGGCAAUAAGACAACAAACAAAAGGAAGCAAACAGCAUUUGAUACUUCUAGUGAACAGUAAGGUUCUAAGAAACAGGAUUAUUAUAAAAUAUAUAUUCAUAAUGGUACUAUAUGUUUAAAACAAAAUCUCUUCAAAAAUGUUAUACAGCACUUUUCACUUAACACCCUUUCCACGUGGGAGACAGUCCCCUCCCCUCUUUUAUAAACCUGAAAUAUUUUUAUAAACAAAAUGAUAUUUAUUAGACUAUCCUAAGCUAUUUGAGCAGAAUUCUUUUCCCUUCAAGCAGGUUUCUUAUUUAUUUUUGUGCAUGAGGCCAUCUGUGCCUAAACUCUUGGAGGAAAAGGGUAAAAUCAUGAUGGCAGUGAUAAAAAAUAAAUCCACCUGAUAAAAUACCAUAAAAUGUCAUGUGAAAACAAAACAAACAAGAAUGGUGAAUUUGAAGAAGUAUAUUUUUUAAAAAGAAUGGAAUUGUAUCUUAAGUUAUUUCAUACAAAUGUAUUUAUGAGUGACUAAUGUAUGCACAAAGUGAUACUAAUAUUUUGUUCUUUUAAUCCACUGUGUUUCUGCUUUCCUAUUUUACCUUGUAUACUACCUCAAAAGUAAUUGAGGGUU